UGCCAUUUGUCACUGCCUAGCACCUCUGGACCAUUGAGCUGCUCAACAUGACACUGGCAUCUAUGCAUCAAAAUCAACAGAGUGGAGCCUGAGAACAGUGCCAGUGCUCCACAGCGUUCACAGUGGACACCAUGAUCCGACUCGAGGCAAAAUCUGAGGAGAUAAGGCUUCAUUGUGUAGUUCAGGCUAGCCUUCAACUCUUCAUGUUGUAAUCCAGGUCUCUACUGAAUUCCUGGUUUACUGGUUUCCAUCAAGUGCUGGGAUUACAGCAUCAGAAUCAUUUGACACUUGACCAACAUCUGAGGAUUUGGAGAAGUAGCUGCAGGUCUACAGGAAGGAGACUAGAUGUACAAACACGGUUUGGUUCAUUUCAGCAAAUGUGGCUCAGAUUAUUCAUCAGCAUGGUUACCUGGUAAUGAAUCAUUAUGGCAGGCCACAGCUGUUCCAUCUAACCAUCGAAACAACCAUAUCAGAAGACACAGUAUAACGUCUGAUAGUGGAGAUACUGGCAUUGGCACUUCCUGUUCUGACAGCGUGGAAGGAAGAAUAGAUCAGAAAAGACGCAGAGGUUGGCGGAGGUUCUGUGUGAGAGAAGAUCAUUCAACUUCAAGUGGCACGUUAUCUUUUAAGCCUAGUCGAUCAUUGGUCACUCUUCCCACUGCCCAUGUGAUGCCAUCUAACUCCAGCGCUUCAGUUUCCAAACGUAGGGAAUCUCUAACAUCAGAUGGCGCUAAAUGGAACACUAGCCUACUGCAGACACUGGGAGACCACAGCAGAGGGGCGCGGGACUCCUCCCUAGACAUGAAGGAUUUCAGGCCCUUGCGGAAAUGGUCAUCUUUGUCUAAACUUACUGCCCCAGAUAACCGCAACCACAGUGGCAUUGCAUACACGCAAGAGUUGAGGAAUGGCUUGGAGAUGACAGGGAAGGGCAAGGCUUUCAUGUCCCACUUAAGGACCUUUGGGCAGAGCUGCUUCCAUGACAGCAUGGAGAUGCUUAAGCUGGAAGACAAGGAAACCAAUAAAAAGCGGUCAUCAACUCUGGACUGCAAGUAUAAAUUUGAGAACUGCAACAAAGAUGUCAGAGUCUCUUCCUCUGCUCUCAGGAGACAGACUUUAGACAUGACAUACAGUGCCUUACCUGAGAGCAAGCCCAUUGUGACAGGCUCAGAGACUUUUGAGUCUCCAAAGUAUUUAAUGCUGGGCCAACAGGCAGUAGGUGGAGUUCCCAUUCAACCUUCUGUGAGGACUCAGAUGUGGCUUACAGAGCAGUUACGGACGAACCCAUUGGAAGGCAGAGCCACAGAGGAUUCUUAUAGUUUAGCUCCUUGGCAACAGUCACAAACUGAAGAAUUUCAGCAAGGAAGUGAGACACCAAUGCAGGUUUUGACUGGAUCGUCUCGUCAGAGUUAUUCACCUCCUGGCUUACAGGAUUUCAGUAAAUGGGAAUCAGUGCUGAAAAUAAAAGAAGGACUUCUGAGGCAGAAGGAAAUUGUAAUUGAUAGGCAGAAGCAACAAAUUAACCACCUACAUGAAAGGAUAAGGGAUAAUGAACUACGGGCCCAGCAUGCUAUGCUGGGACAUUAUGUAAAUUGUGAAGACUCCUACAUGAGUAAUUUACAGCCUCAAUAUGAGAGCAGUUCAGGCCAGACUCCAUUUACAGAACAGCCAUUGUCCCAUCCCCACCAAGAAGAACUAGAGCAAAAGCUAGCAUCUACUGAGAAAGAAGUUUUGCAGCUUAAUGAGUUUCUCAAACAAAGAAUAAGCCAAUUUAGUGAAGAGAAGAAGAAAUUAGAGGAAAAGCUGAAAACCAGAGAUAGAUACAUCAGCAGCCUGAAAAAGAAAUGCCAGAAGGAGUCUGAGCAAAAUAAGGAGAAGCAGAGACGAAUUGAGACUUUGGAAAAGUACCUGGCAGAUCUUCCAACUCUAGAUGAUGUUCAGACUCAGAGUCUACAGCUUCAAGUUCUUGAAGAAAAAAACAAGAAUUUGCAAGAGACUUUGAUCGACACAGAGAAGAAGCUUGAAGAGAUUAAGAAGCAAUGUCAAGAUAAAGAAGUACAGCUACUGUGCCAGAAGAAGAAGGAAAAGGAGCUGGUAAUGUCUGUGCAGAGCUUACAACAAAAAGUAGAAAAAUGCCUUGAAGAUGGAAUCCGCCUUCCCAUGUUAGAUGCCAAACAGCUUCAGAGUGAAAAUACUACUCUCAGAGAGCAGAAUGCGACAGCCAGUAAGAUAAUAGAGAGCCAGCAGGAUGAAAUUAACAGAAUGAUUUUAGAAAUUCAGUCUAUGCAAGGGAGACUGUGUAAAGAGAAGUUGACUGCACGGAGCACUGUGGAAGAGCUAGGAAGGAAAGAAGGAAGCCUCCAGAGGUUGACAGAAGCACUGCUUGAAGUGAGUAGCCGCUCCAACUGCCCAAAGAACCAAAGACAGAUGGGAGAGACAUACUCUUUAUUGGAUCAGGGCCAUGAAGCAGAGCAGUCUAGGACACAGACCAUUCAUUCUAAGUGGCCUCUCUUUGAUUUGACUAUGAUUGAUCAGCUGUUCAAGGAAAUGUCAUAUUGUUUGUUUGACUUGAAAGCAUUGUGUAGUAUUCUUAAUCAACGAGCUCAGGGCAAGGAGCCUAACCUCUCAUUGUUACUGGGGAUCCGAUCAAUGAACUGUUCAGCUGAAGAGACUGAAAAUGACCACAGCCCAGAAACACUCACUAAGAAGCUCUCGGAUGUAUGCCAGCUACGGAGGGACAUUGAUGAACUGAGGACUGCAAUAUCAGACCGCUAUGCUCAGGACAUGGGGGACAACUGUGUUACGCAGUGAUUGAGUGUUGGUCCACAGCAACAAUGAUCCAUUAUGAAAU